GAAAUAUUCGAGACAUAACUAUCUAGGUUCAGCGACGCCUCGAUUGAGACAUCGUAUGAAACGAACCCAAUCGCAGCGAUGCCCAUGUGCCUGUUUGACACAGCGCUACGUUAGAUCCCUAUGCGCUAGACACACAAUUAUAAACUUGCAAACAAGACCAGCUAAACACCAGCUUAAAUAUACGUCCAUCUCAGACACGCCCUGGAAAAAGACCAUAGUCCAGCCCCCGCUGCUGUCUCACCCCAUGUACGCUUCUGUCUGCCUCGUAUAACUCUUGAGUCUAUGUAUAUAUUGUAUAACAGCCAUACCAGCAACUACAACCUGCCAUAGUAAACUAUCCCUAGAAGAAUGCAUCCAGCGAAUACCAUCCUCCUCCUCGGUGCUCUGGCGCUCGAAGCCGCCAGCAUGCCCAGCGACCCCGGCUCGAUGCAAAUCGUGGGCGGCCAGCCCGGCAAGAUGGAAGACUUCCCGUACAUUGUGAGUCUCUACACCAGCGGCCACUUCUGCGGCGGCUCUAUUAUAUCGCCGCGGUUCGUCGUCACCGCUGCCCACUGCACAAUGAGAGGAUCACCAUCGCAGUACUCCAUAUGGGUUGGCAGCGCAGAGCACCGCAGCGGCCAGAAAUACCAGGUCACGGCCAUCCACAACCACCCCAAGUUCUACGAGCGCGCCAUGGACUACGACGUUUCUCUUCUCGAGUUCGGUUCCGAUAUUGAGUUUGGCCCGACAGCCAAGCUGAUCUCUGUGACCAACAAGACCGAACCCACGCCCAAGGAGUCUGUCGUCUCCGGCUGGGGCAACACCAAGGAAGGCGGCAGCCCGGCGUCCACUCUCAUGUACGUGAAGAUACCGACGAUUGCCAACUCGGACUGCGCCACGGUCUACAAAGGCAUCACCGACAGGAUGGUAUGUGUUGGUGUACCUGAGGGUAGCAAGGAUUCUUGCCAGGGUGACAGUCGUCCCACGGAACCACUCCGCCCUUGAAGGACGUAUCCAGUAGCCUUUCUGAGAGUGAGUCCAUUUCUUCCUUUAGCUCGUCUGGAUCGUCCGUCUUUCGUGCAAAAUCAAAAUCAACCAGGGUGACUCUGCCGUCGUGGACCAGCAUAUUGAACUUGUUGUUGUCACCGUGUUUGAUGCCCAACUGAUGUAACCUGCCCAGGGCUUCUUGGCAAAGAGGUAAAUCGCCAAUUUCCGAGUGCUCAAACUUUUCGAUGUAUUCUAUGAGGAACCCUAUGAUACGGCCGUCCUCGCUCAGGUGGCCUAAGAAUUUGGGGCCGAUGUUGUGGCCGUCGAUCCAACGGUACGCUCUAGUCUCAUCUUCCAACCACCCGAUCUCGUAUGCGAACCUAGCGAAUUUUGCGACGAUUGGAUGCGGGAAUUUUGGACGCGUCGCUUUGAUUAUAUUGUUGCCUCGAAUAUUCUCUUCAUAUUGAAGCUCCAGAUAUUCGAUGACAGCUGGGUGCCAAGUCUCUGUGAUACCGGGCAAGUCGAGCUUAACCAUCUCUGUACAGUAACCUUGUCCUGUCUGGGGAUCCUUGCGGAUUCUCGCCUCGUUCCAGUUCCCAGGAGGAAGAGGUGGAAGUAGAGGAAUAAGAAGAGGGCCGCAGCAGAGAUCCAUCGUGUCGUAUAUGCCUGGGUCGACAGUAAGAUACUUAACACAUUUUCCGUUUACUGCGAUUCGUAGAUAGCUUUCAUCUUCAUCAUCCGCACAGGUUUGAAGCAGUUGGACAGUCGCUCUAUCGGAAGUUUCCAUGAUG